AUGACCAGAGACAAGGUAGCAUUCUUUAUCGGUGAAGGGGUUGGUUUAAUCUUCACAACUAAUUCUAUUGGAAACGAAAUGGCAUUGAUCACUGCUUUGUCCUUACUUCUGUCAGUGACAUCCCUCUGUGUGGCGGAGUGUCCGGAUGGUUUUGUGAAACAUGGUGGAUCCUGCUACAAAAUAGUGCGAAUAAAGGCUACUUGGCCUGAAAGUGAUAUUUACUGUCGUGCUGUUGGUGCAGACCUUGCAACCAUUGAAACUGAAGAUGAACAACAUUUCAUUGAGGGCCACCUAGCGACAAAUGCCGAUGCGUAUGAUCCUCCCAGAUUUUGGUUCGGCGGAAACGAUUUUGCUGAGGAAGGCACGUGGGUGUGGCUUAAAUCCAAGACACCGAUAAGUGCCCAGAGUUACACGAACUGGAGAGACGGGGGGGUGCUGCCUAUCGACUCGGACGAGAAUUGUCUGGAUUUAUCCCGGACACACCACUGGAGGUGGAACGAUCAUGAGUGUGAUGAUCAUUUCUUCUUCGUCUGCGAAAAAGAUGCCUACAAGGAUGCUGGAAUCAUUAUCGGGUGA